AUGCAUGGCAAGAUAGUGGUUGGCACAAGAUUGCACUGGCAAAGCCACUCGCAGCACGAGCGGAUUAAUGUGGAGGAGUUGCUGGGUCAAUUGCGCGAGUUCUGCGCCUAUGCAGCGACGUAUGCGGACGGCGGUAUUCUCAUCGCUGUGGGGCUUCCUACUUCAACGAUAACAGGAGUGCCUGCCUCGGGCGCUGCAGACUCGUUCUUGCCCGCAAGUGCAUUCGUUGAUUCGGUGCGGGAGCUUUUGACAAGACUGCAGCAAGACGUGGACUCGGGAGCGAUUGCUGGCAAGGUGGAGAUCAUUCCCAUGCUGUUCUGGGGCAAGUUCGUGCCGGCAUUGAAUGCUCUGAUUGGAACAGCCGCCGACCACUACCCGGAGGCUGACAUGCUGCUGCUCCAGUCUUUGGAGAUUAAGGUGGAUGCGGCUGGAGUGGCGCUGCUGCGUUCGAACCUUGAUCUAAACCACGAUCUCGUCGUGGGCUCAGCAUUGCCCGGGCACACUUUCCAACCUGAUCCAGCAGUGCAGCCGCUGGAAUUGAGUGGGUUGACAUCGCCCUGGAAUACGCUAGCGCUUUGGAACUUGCAGCAAUUGACCAAGAUAGGUUUCGUACUCAUGGGGGACGCGUUGCGUCUAGAAGUCGAGGGUGUUGGCCCCGCUGGUGGAGACGAAGAGGUAUCUACAAUCUCAGUGUACCAGCAGCUUCUUGCCAACGUACAAGUUCCUACAAGAGCGAAGCUCAUCCGAGUACCCGGUGUUAUCUGGAAGGUGGCCGAUUUCAAAGACCCUGAGCGCGUGGCGUGGCAUGCAAUGAAAAUGCGGAGCAAGAAGCAGCGCACUGCAGCGCAAAUGGCACAUUUUGGCGGCGUGGCGCCUGGCCGAGUGUAUCACAUAGAGCCUUCACUUCAGAAUGGUGCAAAAUAG